GAUAACGAGUGGCGGACGGGCGCUGAGACGGCCAGCUGGCCGACGCCCUGCCGUCCUCUUAAGAGCGCCGCCUCGCUGCGUCCUCGCUCCCCGCCCCAUCCCCUUACCACUCGUCACUCUACUCCUUCUCUCUCUCGUCCCGGACCACCGUCCUUGUCUCUCACCCGCUCCCGCCCUGCCUUCUGCCCGACUCUCCUGAUCCACCGCACUUCACCACCAUGGCGACGCUCAUCCCCAGCGACCCGCUGACGGCGUCGGUCAUCGAGUUCGUCAACGCCUCGAACACGCUGCUCAUCUUCGGCUGCGUCGCCUUCGCCAUCGUCAUCUGGGAGGCGCUCAUCCACUGCGCCGCCGACGUGCGCGUGGCGCGCGAGUGGAAGGCGCAGAGCACGCCUGCCAACCUCAUCUACUUUACCUGCCGCUGGUCCGGCGUCGGCGCCGUCAUCUGCUACAUGCUGGCGUGCAACCUCGGCGCGCUCGACGCCGGCUGCCAGCCCGUCUUUCGCGCCUUCUACGUCUUCUCGGCCAUGACGUUCCUCGCGUACGGCUCGAUGUUCUCGCUGCGCAUGCUGGCGUGCAACGACAUGAACCGCCCGCUCGGCGUCGUCGCCGGCUGCACCGUGCUCGCCAUCUCGGCGUGGAUCCUCGCCGGCAGCCUCACCAACAUCAAGGUCAACCAGAAUCCGUUCCGCUUCGACAACGGCGACGGCCUGCGCUCGUGCCUCGCCACGGUGCAGAACCAGAACACGCAGGGGCUCGUCUACCUGCUGCCCGCCCUCGCCGACACGGCGAUCCUCUUCGCCACCAUCUGGGGCGUGACGCGCAACAAGGCCACGAGCAAAGUCAAGGCCGCGCUCAUCAUGGAGAACGUCUCCUUCUACAUUGUCGUCACGCUCGUCAACCUCAUCGUCGGCAUCAUGAUGUUCACCGACGCCGCGUUCGUCUGGAAGGCGUCGUUUGGCUGCCUCGCCGAGGCCCUGAGCUCCGUCCUGCCGUGCCGCAUCUUCCUGCACCUGCGCUCCGUCGCCAACGAGACGCUCACGCCGUCGCCGCACUCGUCGCCGCGCAAGUCGCUUUCGGCGAUCCUGCGCGCGCAGCGCGGCGGCAAGGGCGCCAGCUCGGGCGGCGAGGACCCGCUCAUCGUCACGCAGCUCGCCUACUCGCCGUCGGGCACGUCGUCGACGGGCGGCUGCGGCGACACCGGCUCGACGCACACCAAGACGCCGCCGUCGAGCCCGAGCAUCGCGCGCAAGAAGGCGCCGAUUGCGUCGGACGCCGAGCUGCGCGAGACUGACUCGGUCUUUCAGAUGAGCUCGUUCACGAGCAACGCGUAGCUCUGCCGCAAGCACGGCCUCGAGCACGCACCGCUGUUCCGUUCCCCACCCCGUCCGUCCCACCGCCGUGUC